CGCUUUUACCUCAGUUAGACACACACACACACACACGCACACAAACAAAAGUGAAGCAAUGGAGCGAGCGAACGCGAUUAAUAUGAAACGAUUCUUGAGAAGAUAUUGCAAAGAUAUGAAUAAGAAGACUCUCUGUUUAUUACAGAAGAAACUCGACAAGCACUUGAGCAGCUGGAGAAGAACAACAGGGAGGUUGGAAGACACCCUAAAGGAGCUACAGGAUGAAUAUGGAGAGAAAAAAGCAUUAAACAUUUUUAAGUCCGUAGUGAGAGAAAUCAGAAAAAAGAUGCAUAUCAAAAAUGGUGGCAGUGUUCAAACACAUUCCGAAAACAUUAAAUUUCAACAGCAUAACAACCAUCCACAACAACAGCAUAAUAAUAAUAAUAAUUCUACAUCACUCUGGCAAUCAUCGAUUCAUAACCCAAAUCAGCAUAACUUAACAGUCACAAUUGACCAGAAGGGUAGUGGAUCAAUGUUUGUUCCAAUCGUGUUAGGAAACCAAAUGGCUGAUUUUAACAUGAAUGCGGUGUCUCACUCUACCUUGAUAAACAAAGAUGAAAUUCUUCAGAAUGUAAAGAAUAACAUGAAAACAAGAAUGCUGAGUGACUCUGAGAGGAUUUUGGAGGGAAGUGCACCACGGUCGGUCUCUCUAAACAAGAUCUACACUAAACUGUUUAUAAUCAAUGACGAGUCUGACCCCAUCAAUAGAGAACAUGAGAUCUGGCAGAUUGAGACGACGCAUGAUUUAAACACAGCAGCGCAGACAGUCAUAAACUACAAUGAAAUCCUUCAGCCAUCCACAGAUGAAAAUAGAAAAAUGAUGACUGUUUUAACUAAAGGAAUUGCCGGAAUUGGGAAAACGAUCACUGUGAAGAAGUUUGUCCUCGACUGGGCGAGAGGAGAAGCCAAUCAAGAUCUAGAGUUUGUGUUUCUGCUCCCCUUCCGAGAGCUGAACUUGCUUGAGGGAGAAAAGAGUUUUUUUGACUUGCUUUGUGUCUUUUACUCUGAGCUUAGUGAGGCGAGACCUGAAUGGAUCUUUGAUAGGAAAGUUCUGUUCAUCUUAGAUGGUCUGGAUGAAUAUAAAAAGAAAUUGUACUUUCAAAGCUGCCUUUUGGCAGAUGUAACUGAGAAAGCCACAGCGGAUGUCCUUUUAGUAAACCUUCUACGAGGAAAACUGCUUCCAUCCGCUCAUCUGUGGAUCACCAGCCGGCCCGUCGCAGCUGUACAGCUUCCGAGUGAGAUCUUCUCAAAUGGAUACAUCACACAGAUCAGAGGAUUCACAGAUGAUCAAAAGGAGGAGUACUUCACGGGGCAACUUGAAGAUCUAAAGCUAACCCAAGACAUCAUCUGUCACCUAAAAUCUCAAAAGAGCCUGUGGAUAUUGUGCCACAUACCUCUAUUUUGUUGGAUUUCAGUGGUUGUUCUUAGAGAAAUAAUUGCAGGACAAAAUAAAGAUAGGAACAUGCCCUCAAAUCUGACAGAAAUGUACAUCCACUAUCUGCUCAUUCAGACCGGGUUGAGCCACAAGAAAUAUCAAGGGAACGAACUGCCACAAGAUGCUCUCAAGCAGCACAAAGAACUGAUUAUGAAACUGGCAGAGCUGGCAUACUGGCAGCUGAAGGAACAGAAUGUCAUCUUCAGAGAAGAAGACUUGUUGAGAUAUAAUAUCACUGUUGAUGAAGCACAUCAAUAUCCUGGUGUCAUUACCUGUGUCACAGAGUACAAAUUUGGAUAUUACAGGAAAAAUCUUUUCAGUUUCGUCCAUCUCAGUGUCCAGGAAUUCUUUGCAGCCUUGUUUGCGUUUCAAACAUUUCUAUCACAAAAUCAAGACUCCAUGAAUUUAAUAACAGAUAAAAAUAGGCAGAAGUCUAAUUUGUCUGAAUUUCUCAAAGAUGUGAUUAAUCUGGCCUUGCGAAGUAAAAAUGGGCACUUGGAUCUUUUUAUGUGUUUUCUCUUUGGGAUUUCUUGCGAUUCCAGCAGAGAUCUACUUGAAGGACUCCUGCCUCCAUUAUGGGCCAGUAGUUCAGAUGGUCACAAAAAAGUGACCACACACAUUAAGUCUUUGAAGAGGAAAGAUCUGUCCUCUGAGAGAUGCAUCAGUCUUGUUCGUUGUCUCGUUGAGCUCAAGGACAUGUCAUUUUUGCAGGAGAUGCAAGAUCUUGAACGCUCGCGGUCCAAAGAGCCUCUCAAGCUGUUCCAGUGCUCAUGUCUGGCUUUCCAGUUUAGGAUGUCAGAUACGAAACAUGAUACGUUUGACCUCAGGAAAUACAACAUCACUUUAGAAGGGUUUCAGAGAUUUUCUCCAGCCAUCAUGUACUUCAGAAAGGCAUUGCUCAAAGGAAGCGGAUUUACAGAGCAGCACUGUAAGAGCCUGACGGGUUACCUGAGGUCACCAAACUCUCACCUGACUGAUCUUGAUCUGAGCCACAAUGCUCUGGGAGGGUCCACUCUGAAGCAGCUUUCCACUGCGCUCUGUGAUCCCAACUGCCAGAUUCAGAUCCUGAAUCUCAGCCACAAUGACCUCCAGAGUCAGGACAUGGAGCUGAUCAGGGAUGUGCUUUCAGGAGAAAAUAUGAAUCUGAGAGUGCUGAAUCUCAGUGACAAUCCUCUAGGUGAUUCAGGAGUGAAGAUUCUCUCAGCUGGACUGCAGAGCACAAACUGUCAUCUUGAAGUUCUGAAACUUUCAGGCUGUCAAAUUAAAGAAGGAGUUUAUCAGUUGCUGUCGUCUUUGAAAGCCAAUCCUUCAUGUCUGAAAGAGCUGGAUCUGCGGUAUAAUGAUCUUGGAAACAUCGGACAGGAAAUUCUUAAGGAUGAGUACCUGUGCUCACUGAGAAUUUCUACUGAAGGAGUCUGUGGUCCCCAACCAGGACUCUACAAAUAUGCUGCUGUCACGCUCACCUUUGACCCUCAGACGGCUAACGGAUACCUCCAUCUGAAUGAGAACAACACUGUGGCCACUCGUCAGAAGGAGAAACAACAGCUUCCUGAUAAUGACGAGAGAUUUGUCAUGUGCAACCAGGUCCUGUGCCGCCCGCCGCUGUCAGAACGCUGCUUCUUUGAGGUGGAUGUGAUUGGGCCAGACAUACAUGUGGGCGUGGCCUGUGAGGGAAUGGAGAGGAAGGGAGCGAGUGAUCGAGUACGACUGGGUCGCAAUGAGAUGUCGUGGAGUUUAUGUUGCUCAGAUAAUGUAUGUGUGGCUCAACACAACCAGAAAACCGUAUCAGUUCAAACAGAGUCCAUCAGGAAAGUCGGCGUGUUCCUGGACCGGAAGGCUGGUUCUCUUUGCUUCUAUAGUUUGAGUCCGCAGAUGAAACUCUUGUACAUGUUUGAUGCAGAUUUUCCCGGGGACCAGGACCUUUUAGCCGCAUUCAGGAUUCAGGAGCCAGGCUGCUCAGUCAAUUUAAGACAAGAAUCACUGUAACUAUAUAUAGAAGAAGUGUUUGUGCUCCAGACAGGAUUGAUUCCUCAGAUCAGAAGAGGUGUGCUCUGAUCAGACCAAUACUUUUAUAUUUUAUUCUUAAAUUUAUUACUAUAUUUCUUGUUGUUGUAUUUGUAUAUGUGCACUGGAAGCUUCAGUACCAAGAAAAAUUCCUUGUGUGUGCAAACACACUUGACAAUAAAGCUCUUUCUGAUUCUGAUUCUAGCAAACCUGAACAAAACCAGCUAGUAACCACCCAGAACCAGCGGCAAGUGUUGAAACUUUUGAUGAAGCCUCUGAUUCUCCAGCAGAAAUAAACCUGAGAUUAUGAUUUUAUUUCUGUAAUCAUGUACUGUAUCAUUUUCAUGUUUUCACUGAAAACUGUAUGUUUCUAAGCCAGACCAGUUUCAUUUAAUCACAAAUAAAGACAUGAAUUGGA